CAGGCCCCGCCCACGGGGAGCGUCGCUGUGGCCCGAGGUCGUGGACUGGGACCAUGGCGCGAGCGUCUGCCCCGGAGGUGAUCCGCGCGGCCCAGAAGGAUGAGUAUUACCUCGGCGGCCUGCGGAGCGCGGCGGGUGGCGCGCUGCACAGCCUGGCUGGUGCAAAGAAGUGGCUGGAAUGGAGGAAAGAGAUCGAACUGCUCUCAGACAUUGCCUACUUUGGCCUCACUACAAUUGCAGGCUACCAGACACUUGGAGAGGAGUAUGUUGGGAUCAUCCAAGUGGACCCGUCCCGGCGACAUGUGCCCUCCGGGUUCCGUCGUGGAGUGCUGGUUGCAUUGCAUGCUGUUCUACCGUACUUGCUGGACAAGGCACUGUUGCCACUGGAGCAGGAGCUGCAGGCCAAUGGCGAUGGUACACGGACCUCACAGAGCAGCCUGGUGUCUGGUGGGCGUAGCUGGUCAGGGGCCCGGCGCUGGGUGCGUCACCACACAGCCACCCUGACUGAACAGCAGAGGAGAGCACUCCAGCAGGCGGUUUUUGUCCUUAGACAGGGCCUCGUCUGCCUCCAUCGGCUCCACAUUGCCUGGUUUUACAUCCAUGGUGCCUUCUACCACCUGGCCAAGAGGCUGGCAGGGAUCACGUAUCUUCGCACCCACCGCCUGCCUGGAGAGGACCCGAGGGCUCGCACAAGCUACCGACUACUGGGGCUCAUCUCGCUGUUGCACUUGGCACUUUCCAUGGGGCUACAACUGUACAGUUUUAGGCAGAAGCAGCGAGCCCGGAAGGAGUGGAGGCUGCACCGAAACCUCUCCCACCGCAGGCGUUCCCUGGAAGACAGAGCUGUUUGCAGAACCCCACUAUGCACCCUAUGCCUGGAGGAGCGCAGACACUCCACAGCCACACCCUGUGGCCACCUCUUCUGCUGGGAGUGUAUCACAGAGUGGUGCAAUACUAAGACAGAGUGUCCCCUCUGCAGGGAGAAGUUCCCUCCCCAGAAGCUGGUCUACCUGCGGCACUACCACUGAUCAGCAGCAGAUUAUCAACAGGAAGUGGAUGGAGGAAGCAGUUUAUCCUGAGAAUCUGGUUGCACAGAAAUUAUGGGCUUCAGGCCCCACACUCACCCAAGGCCAGGACCUCUCCUGAGACCUGACACCUACUUCCUGUCUUAGGAAAAUGUCUUCAUCUUAGCCUAACACUGGUGGCAGACUGUUUCCUUUUUUACAUUUAUGGGGGGGGGGCACACAUGCAUUAUGUAGAACUCAAGAGAACAACUGGCAGGAGUCCUAUCUUUCCACUGUGGAAUCAAACUCGGGUUGUCAGGUUUGGCACCAAGUACCUGUACUUCUGAGUCAUCUUGCCACCUGGCAGAGCCAGCUUCAAUGAGAAGCUUUCUACAAACCAACUCCCACAUACACUCAGACACCCAUCCCUCUGAAGGAGCAUGAUGAGCCUCCCUGCAGACCCAAGUGGGUGCCUGCUCACCCACAGUCCUGCUGUGUCUGGCUCCCUCCUGGCUUGUCUCCAGCUUGCAACCCUGUACUUGACAUUUCCAGGUUUUUUUAAUUCAUGCCAGAAACAGCGGGGCACAUCUUUAGACUAAUUCCACAGAAAUGGAACUAAGGAUUUCAUUGAACUGAGUACAGUAAAAGAACCUUCGGGCUAUAACUGGUCAGUGGGGCUGAAGCCCAGCAAUCAGCAAUGGUGUGUGACAUCACCAUGUUCCCAGUCAACUUGUUGAGAACAGGGGUCAUACCUCUUGGACCACUCCUGGUACACAGCAGAUUCACAGACCCCCCCACAGGACAGUCUCUGUGGGAACCUGGAACAUGACCAUGCAGGCAGCACCUCAUCUGUAAUUCAUACUGCUUUGGCCAGAUACAUCUAACGUAUCACACAUUGGGCCUGAGCACUAGUGAGGAAAACAGCAUGGAAAGUGUGAACAAAGCUGUCCAGAGUUAGAACCCCAGGUUGCUCUGUGCCCUCCCACAGCUGUAGAAAGCUGAGCUGCAGUGACUUGUGCUAUAGACUACACAAAUAGGGGAUAGUUCUUUAAUAAAGUCGGGAUUUAAAAGUUACUUAGUAAAUGUUAAGACUAUUAUUUUUAUCACAUCAAAAAGUUUGACAAGUGGCAGGUUCUGGUUUCUCUUUAGAAAGUAAAAAGCCUGUGUCAAACCCACAAAUCUGGUGUGCUCUGGCCAGUUCUGUUUCCUUCAAGGGGUUUUUACAUGAGAACAAGUUUAAAUUAGUCAAAAGCGAAACAAACUCAAGGUACCAAAGGAAUGUGUCAACAUAGUCUCAAACAAUUAAAAUAUAUAUAUUUAUAAUCCCAGGCCCUCAAAAGCAAUCAUGGCAGUUAAGAACAAAGUUUUGAGUCAUUAUGAUAGAGGCCAACUUGAGAAACCUCUCUAGGAGAUGAGAUUCAGAAACUGGCACGAGAACCCCACAGUUACGUGAAAAUCACCUUGAAGUGUUACAUUCUUCUUCACACACAAGCACCAGGCUGGCACGUCCCUCUGGCACGGAGAUGGGCCGCGGCGUGGUCAGGAAGGCAGCUCCCCAGAGCUGCACUCCCAUCCUCCCUCCCACUCCCUUCGGCUGCCACGGGCCUGGCUUCCCAAGCCUGUGGUUCACUACAACUCUGUCCAUUUGAAACACAUGAACAUCACUGAAAAAGAAAUCAAUGCAAUUUGGUUUAAAUGCCAGUUUCUUCAAGAACCUGAUAUUUCAGACACAAAUCACUGA